AUAUAGCAUUAAAAUCAUAGUAAUUCUUCCUAGUGAAAAUCAUAAAAAAUUACCAUGGACAAAUAGCAAGUCUCCCAUAUUUUUACCUCAUUCCCUGAUUUUCAUCUAAUCAAAACUAUAUAAAAAGCUAUCUGAUAAGUGUUGUGAACUGCAUAACCAACUAGUGUCAAAAGUUCACCUGCUUUUUUACUUGUGUGAAUUGGAGCAAAGUCUUAGCCCCAUAAAAUACAUGUGAGGGGGAAGAAUGUUCUAAAGGUCAUUCAUACCCCUAUAAUGUUAACAUGCCUAUUUAAAUGGAAAUCUAAUCUUGUAGUGUCACCAUUCCACCCAGUAUGAUUUCAUGGUCUGUUUUCUUCUGCAACCUGCAUGCCUGUGCGUGCCUUGGGUAACCAGAGCGUCCAGUGUCUGUUUUUGCUCUGUCUCAGUGUAAUCACUCUUGUUGGCAUUUCAGGAACGCUCCAUAGUUUCAAAGUGUUUUUACAGGGGAGGUAUUUUAUAUACUUUCCCAAGCCCGACCCGUAACUCUUGGUUCAAAUCUAAGCCUAGUGUGCUUCCUGAAGUCUCCUCCCCACUAGACUGACAAACAGAAUGAGGAGGUGACAAGACACUCCUUUAUUUCUUGCUGCCCUUCCAGUCGACCCUUGGAUCACCACACAUUCCACCUGGAAGGUUACUUCUCCACAGUGAAUUCACAUGACAGAAGGGUUUUCCUUCUUUGUUUCUCAGACCUGGUCCAGUAGACGGGAAGGAGCCGGGGCACAGUGACAUUCUCAAAGGCCCUGCAGGACCGCCAUGGCUUAUGAUGACUCCGUGAAGAAAGAAGAUUGCUUUGACGGUGAUCACAGCUUGGAGGACAUAGGGCUGGCAGCUGGCCGGAGCCAGCGAGAAAAGAAACGUUCUUACAAAGAUUUCCUAAGGGAAGAGGAAGAAAUUGCUGCUCAGGUCAGGAAUUCUUCCAAGAAGAAGCUAAAGGACAGUGACCUUUACUUCUUGGGGACGGACACGCACAAAAAGAAGCGGAAGCACUCCUCUGAUGACUACUACUAUGGAGACCAUUCAUCUUUGGAAUCGUCACAGAAGAAAAAGAAAAAGCCCAGCCCACAGCCUGCUGAUACAGCUAUGGACCUGCUGAAGGCCAUCACUUCCCCACUGGCCACAGGUGCCAAGCCUUCCAAAAAGACAGGGGAGAAGUCCUCUAGUUCUUCCAGCCAUUCCGAAAGUAGAAAGGAUCAGCACAGGAAGAAAGGAAGCGGAAGUAGUGGGGAGCUGCCCCUGGAGGAUGGAGGUGCCCACAAAUCAAAGAAAAUGAAGCCGCUGUAUGUGAACACAGAGACCCUGACCCUCCGGGAGCCUGAUGGCUUAAAGAUGAAGCUCAUUCUCUCCCCAAAGGAGAAAGGCGGCAGCUCUGUCGAGGAGGAGCCCUUCCAGUGCCCCUCUCAGCAGGCCGCGGUGAAGAAGUCCUCGAAGAAGUCAGCUCGGGAUGAGCAAGGUGCUCCACUCCUGGGACAUGAGUUGCAGAGCUUCCUGAAAUCGGCCCGGAAGAAGCACAAGUCAUCCUCAGACCCACACUCGUCUCCUGGCCCGGAAGCAUCCGAGGCCUCCCAGUUCCCAGAGCCCCACCAUACGAACCUCGAUCUGUCAGGGAUUGAACCUAUUCUAGUGGAAUCGGACUCAUCCUCAGGUGGGGAGCUAGAGGCUGGGGAGCUAGUAAUAGACGACUCUUACCGGGAAAUCAAGAAGAAGAAAAAGUCAAAGAAGAGCAAAAAGAAGAAGGACAAGGAAAAGCAUAAAGAGAGGCGGCACUCCAAGUCCAAGAGAAGUUCAGGCCUUCCCAUCCCAGCAGGGGGCGAGGUCCCCAUGGCACCUGUCCCUCCUCCCAAUGUCCCGUACAGUGGAACAGCUGCCCCUCCUCCGCCACUUCCUAGCCUCCACACAGACGGCCACAGUGAGAAGAAAAAGAAGAGAGAGGAGAAGGACAGAGAGAGAGAAAGGGGAGAGAAGCCAAAGAAGAAGAACAUGUCUGCCUACCAGGUGUUUUGCAAAGAAUAUCGAGUAACCAUUGUUGCCGAUCAUCCAGGUAUAGAUUUUGGGGAACUAAGUAAAAAAUUGGCUGAGGUGUGGAAGCAAUUGCCAGAGAAGGACAAACUGGUUUGGAAGCAGAAAGCUCAAUACUUGCAACACAAGCAGAACAAAGCAGAAGCUACCACGGUGAAGAGAAAAGCAUCCGGCUCCGAAGGCGCCGUGAAAGUGAAAGCUUCUUCAACAGGAGUGCUGUCACCCCAAAAGAAGUCCCCACCCAGCACUAUGCUUUUCCCAACCUCACCAGCCAAAGCCCCAGAAACAGAGCCCAUUGAUGUUGCUGCUCACCUCCAGCUGUUGGGGGAGUCCCUGAGCCUCAUUGGCCACCGUCUGCAGGAAACUGAGGGAAUGGUUGCUGUGUCUGGCAGUCUGUCCGUGCUACUGGAUUCCAUCAUCUGUGCGCUUGGCCCCUUAGCGUGUCUGACCACACAACUACCUGAAUUGAACGGCUGUCCCAGGCAGGUCUUGUCGAACACCCUAGACAACAUUGCUUACAUCAUGCCUGGACUCUGACAGCAAAGAAUCCUGGGACAGAAACCUGAUUCUACCACAUUGCUGGCUGGCUGUGUAUAUGUGACUGUUCCAACCCCCUUCACUGGUCUCGGUGUAGGUUUUAAAUUUUUAUAUGUGUAUAUACAUAAUGUACAAUAUAUACAUAGGACUUUAACGAUGUUGCUAUUAAUAAUUUUACGAAAUGGCAAAGGUUUGGCCAAGAGAAAAACUUUAGAAUGAAUCUGGGCUGGGGUUCUUCUUUCUCCCGUGGUGGGUCCGUCUGCCUUAAUCAGUGUAACUCGGGGGCUAGGGGCUGAUUCCAGGUGCCGAGUGCACCCUUUUACGGACAGCUAAAAGGUGUUUUUUCCCCAAGGUCAGUUGUACCUGCAGACCCAUCACUGACCGUUUGCCUUAUCUGUCUUGUAGUCUAAAAUUUAAUAGGAAAGACUUAUGGAAAGAUGACCAUUACCUAAGGUAUAAAGCCCUUCAGCUUGAAGUGACCUCGGCGGAAGGUGAUCAAAUCUUUCCCAUCCUGUAGUUACUGAGAUGAGUAGGAGCCGCAUAGGUGGGUCCCUUCCAGUUCCUACUACAUCUGUGUCCAUGUCUCAAAAUUCAUUGUGAUCAUUGGUACCUUUGGUGGCGUCAUUAGAGACCAAGGGGUCAUGGGAGCCCUGGCAGCAUCAAUAGUUUGGAGAGGGCAGAGUCGCCCGUACCACCAGUUGGACUUAACUGGCCCAGAACAUCUAAGAGCUGGUGUCUCUUGUUGGCAGCACUCAGUUCACCACUGAGCCCUCACCCCUUCUGCUGCGUGGUUGCGUGGGAGCCAUGGAGGGCAGGCUCUGCCCGUGGGAAUCUUGGGUUCAUCUUACUCCCUUCCCUGGUGGGCAGAAAGGCUGUUCUGCAUUCCACACACACAUGAGCUGAAAAAAGAGUACUUGAUGUUCAUGGAGGUUUAUUUAUGUGCGCGUGUGAAUGUGUUUUAAUUAUGUGUAUUUAACUCUUUAAAUCUUCGACUUUAAUUUAUCCUGUAAAUUUCUGUACAUAUAAUUUAAUAACAGUCUCCACAGAGGAGCACGUGGAAGAUACAGACUUGCCAUUUCUUUCUUCCUCCCUUCCUUCCACUGCUCUGCUCUAAAACUCCAAUCAUUUACAUUUUAAGGCAUUUGGCCUCAAAAAGAAUCAUUAUAUUGGGUUUCUGCAUCUUUAUGAAGACUUUUAUAAAGUCCUUUAAUAAUGUCAAGGAAGUAAAAUUAAAAGGAAUGUUGCCAUUCUCAGCCCCUCUUAUUUCCAAAACCCAGACUUUUGCUUCCCAGUUGGCGAGAAGACAGCUGAGCACGUCAAGAUUGUUCUAAAUUCGGUGUGAGGUUACCUGCUGCUCUGAGGAGCCCAGCUCGAAGGAGGCAGCGGUGCUCUCUUCCCCUGGCCUCGGCCUGGUACUCCGACGGCACAGCCAGCCCUGUGCAGACAGUGCAGCCAGCGGGCGUCCUGUUUCCUUCCUUUCCCCUCCCCCAUCAGGGUUGUCAUGGCCUGUAUUUCUCAGCAGUCUUCUGGCUGCUGAAUGCCUUUCUCAGCUCGACAGCUCUGAGAUUUAACUGGGGAGACAAAAGCAUCAGGAGUGUGUGGGAACUGAAAUCAAGAGGAACAGAAAUCUUGAUUUCUUGGGUUAGACAGGUGCUUCCCAAAGACCGCCGGUGAGGCCGCCUCUUGGGAGGCCCUGCAAUGAUCCGAGGGACCUGCAAAAGCAGACGCUUACACUUUAUCCUUGAUUUGGGGCUACCGGACAGACGUCUUCCACUGCCCAGGAGGCACUGUAAUUUUUUUUUUUUUUUUUCUGAAAAGGAGGCAGUAGGCCAAAUUAGUGUGGGGAGUUAUGGAUUAGACCCUCCAUCCACACCUUGAGUCUGCCCCAUGGAAGCUUUCAGUUUGACACUGGGUGCUCAAGGAGGGGGCCUUGGGAUUAGUACAAAAAGAACCAGUCCUUCUGCCGGCAUCUGUCCACUUCCAUGCGAUUCUAAUGAGCACUUGCUUUCUGUUUGUGUUCUUUUCACCCCAGCCCUCUUAUAUUUGUAUUUAAAAUUUGUACACAUUUGUAUAAUAACCUGUACCUUGUAGUAUUUGGGUACUAGUAGCAAAAAACUUUGGAUUCAGACCUUGCAAUUUUUAUAUCGUUGUUUUAUUUUUGUUUUUUAAAUACUAGUGGUUUGAUCCAAAUCCCAUUGCAGUUGUAUAAAGAAAUGAAAUUUUGUACUUAUAUUAUUAAAAAAUCACAUUUUUAAUA